AUGAAUUCUGCCAUUUGUCUUUCUUCAACGCUGAGAUUCCACCUCAACCCAGAAAGAAUGGCUGUGGUCUCCUGUGGAUAUGUUCCUCCAAACCUAAGAGAGCAGAAGGUAUGCAUCCCUUGUGAUUGCUGGCCACAGGGCUUGGCUGAGGAGGAGUCCAUGAGUCUCCUUGGGGGUGGAAACCACUGUGAGGGCCUCCUGCAGGUGCAGUACCAUGGAUGGCAGGGCCCUGUGUGUGGGGACCACUGGGGUCUGGAGGAGGCUUCUGUGGCCUGCAGACAACUGGGAUGUGGCUCCAUGAUAUCUACCUCCCACUAUGUUCUGAGGCCCCAGGAGAUGGGGCCACCCUGGCUGUAUGGUGCCCAGUGCCAGGGUGAGGAGGCUUCCCUCUGGCAGUGCUCCCUGGGAGACUGGGGCCCUCUCAGUGGUUGCAACUGCCAGUGUGUGGUGGCUGUUCUCUGCUCAGGUGGUACCUUGAGACAAAUUAGGCUGGGCUCCGGAGGCAGCCCCUGUGCUGGGACCUUUGAGCUGGCAAAUCCUGACGACUCGAUCCUGAGAUGUGACUUGCAGAAGAAGGAAGUGAGCGUCUUGUGCAGACAGCUGGAAUGUGGCACUGCUUUGCAGUGGUCCAGAGCCCACCCUGGAGUGCGCCCUGGUGGUCAGGAGCAGAGAUUUGUGACCUGUCAGGGAACAGAGCCCAGCAUUUUCCAUUGCAAGAUCAACUUGAACUUCCUAGAGCAGUGUAAUCUUCCAGCCUACACCGAGGUGGUGUGCACAGGACACAUGGAGGCCCAGCUUGCUGGCACUGGGGACCCCUGUGCUGGGUGCCUGGAGAUUCAGCGAGGUCUGACCUGGGGCACAGUCUGCGAUGCUGACCUGGACCUGCCCACGGCCCAAGUGGUGUGCCAGGAGCUGCAGUGUGGAGUGGCCAUGUCUGUACGUGGAGGUGCCCACUUUGGCCAGGGCUCAGGGCCUGUAUGGACAGAGGCCUUCCACUGUGUGGGCAAUGAGUCUCUACUGUUCCACUGCCCACGGGAACCUGGAAGUCAGCGCAUGCAUGACCAGGAUGCUGGGCUCAGGUGCUCAGGGGAAAGGUUCCAGCUGGUCAAUGGCAGCAGCCCCUGUGAGGGCCGUGUGGAGCUUCAGGUGUAGGGCAUUUGGGCACCCCUCUGUGCAGCCCAUUGGGACUUAGCAGAUGCCACCGUCCUGUGCCACCAGCUCAAUUGUGGGAACGCAGUGGCCACAUUGGGAGGAGGUCACUUUGGGGACCAGGAUGCUCCUACCUGGCUGGAUGUGUUUCACUGUGUGGGGACUGAACUCUGUUUGUGGAAUUGCCCAUCCAGUACCCUAGGAGCGAAGCCCUGUGCCCCCGGAAACUCUUCCUCCAUCCUCUGCUCAGGUCUCUCCGGAGCCCUUAGGUUGAGGGACAGACAGAGUAGCUGCGAUGGUCGUGUGGAGGUCUCCUUGGACGGAGCGUGGGGCCGCGUCCUGCAUGAUGCCUGGGACCUGCGUGGUGCCAGCGUCGUGUGUAGGCAGCUUGGGUGUGGAGAGGCUGAGCAGGCCUACGACGCGCCAACCCCUGGCAGCGGUGCUGUCCCUGUAAGGCUGAGCCAUGUGCGCUGCGCGGGCUCAGAGACCCGCCUGACCCAGUGCCAUGUGUCUGUGUCUGUGCUGGUGGCCGCGGGGUCCUCAUUGGACGUGGGUGUCGUGUGCUCUAGCGACCUCCAGGUGCGGCUGGCUGGGGGCCCUGGCCGCUGUGCAGGGUGUGUGGAGGUGCUGCAGGGAGGCACCUGGGGCACGGUGUGUGACGCCGCCGCCUAGGACCUGGAGGAUGCCCACGUGGUCUGUGAGCAGCUGGGCUGUGGCCGCGCCCUCAACGCUCAGGUUGCCGCCCAUUUCGGGAGGGGAUCAGGGCCCGUCUGGAUGGAUGAGCUGGGCUGCCUGGGCAAUGGGUCUGUGCUGUGGCAGCGCCCUUCGCAGGGCUGGGGCCGGCACGACUGUGGGCACAAGGAGGACGCCGGGGUCUUCUGCUCAGAGUUCACGCAUCUCAGGCUGCAGAAUUAUGGUCAGCCAUGCACAGGGCGGCUGGAAGUUUUUUACAACGCUUGGGGUGGAGUCUGCCACGCCCCGAGCACUUCCUCCCUGGGGAUCCUGUGUGGGCAGCUGGGCUGUGGGCCCCAAGGGCAGCUGCUGGCCAGGGCAGGGAGCUGGCCUUCCCCUGGGGCUUUCUGGCUGGCUUCUAUUCAGUGCAGGCCCAGGCAUGACAGGUCCCUGUGGCAGUGCCCUUCAGCCCCCUGGGACCAGCAUUCCUGCUCCAGCGUGGAAGAGGCCUGGCUCCUGUGUGCAGAGAAGGCAGAGAUUCCUGAGGACCAUGAGCAGACUCUCAACUGCUCAUCUGUGCUCAGCUGCCCAGAGGAAGGUGUACUGCGUGUUCGAGGGGGCGAGGAUGGCUGCUCAGGGCGUGUGGAGGUCUGUCAUGCGGGCUCAUGGGGCGCUGUGUGUGAUGACUCCUGGGACCUGGCCGACACCGAGGUUGUGUGCCGACAGCUGGGCUGUGGCCAGGCCGUGGAUGCAGUGCAGGGGGCUGCGUUUGGUCCUGGAUCAGGGCCUGUGUGGCUGGAUGAAGUGGGGUGCCGUGGCAGUGAGGCAUCACUGUUAGGCUGCUUGGCUGAGACUUGGGGACAUGGUGACUGUGCACACAAGGAGGAUGCAGGUGUGUGCUGCUCUGGUGAACCCCGCCUUUCUCUAUUCCCUACAGCCCCUUCCCUGACCCCUCCACCUGUUGCUGAGGCCUGGACUCUGCCUAAGACUGCCUGCCUGGUUCUUGGCUGCCGGGGGUUUGUCUUCCUUGUUCUGGGAGUUCAAUAUUGCUACAGCAGAGCUGCCUGCAUGGGAUCUGGACUUUCUGAGCCCCUGCCCUCUGAGGGUGUCUAUGAGGACAUCGAACCUGAUCAUGUGGAGGAGACAGAGGAGAGGCCCUCAAUGUCUGGAGACCCAGUGCUGGAGGAUUAUGAUGACAUAGAAGAGCCUCAGCAAAGCCAUGGGGAGGAAGCAGAGGAAGAGUCCAGAGUUCUCCUCAGCCCCUUAGGUGUGCAUCUCUGUGCCUGUGGGUUCAUUGUGCUCUUCUUGCUCUACUGCUUCUACUCAGAGAGCUCUGCUCUAGUUGAUGCCUAUAUUUAAAAUAACUGGGAGAUGUUUCUCUGUGUCUGUGAUCUUCAUUUCCCUGUCAAUCCUAGGAUGUUGGUCUGUUCUCAUAUCCCUUCAAGAAGUUCCUUAGAUUGGAGUCUUCUCAUUGACAUUUGACGUUGGGUCAGGGAAUUUCUUUCUCUUCCUUUGGAUAUCUUUUGUAGCUGUUUAAAGUGUCUUUUUAGGUAGUUGGGUUGGGGGGUUUCAGGUUAGCGAUAAUCUUUGUGUCAUAUCACCAACUAUAUUGAACCUGUGUCAGCUUUGCAGGAGCUUUGCUUUGCAUUGGGAUUCCAGUAGGCCAGAACUCCUGGGGUUCUGAGAAAUCUCUGAGGAUUGCAAUGCUUGUCUCUCUCCUUAAAUGCAGAUGGGGCUACUCUCUGCCUGAGACCUGAAGCUUAGCCAGGGAUAAAGUCCUAUUGUUGACCAUAGCCCAUCAUAUGAUGCUCAUGAGCUGACCAUGGAAACCAUGAAUGUUCUCAGAGCAUGAGAAGAACAUAGGAGCCUGGGGUCUUCCUUAUCCUCUUUCUUAAAGAAGAUGUUAUUAAAUAUACUUUGAUUUCACCCAUUCGUCAAUAGUUCUACCUGGAAGGUUUUAUCAAACUGCACCAUGUUUCUCCUGUUCUGGGCCCGUUUCUCUGCCUCACCUUGGAUGUUUAUAUUUUUGUGUGACACAGGCUUUUCAUGUUUCAAGCUCAUACAUGUCCUUGCAGUUCUUCUCAGAUUAUGAAGUGGCCUUCCUUCAUAAAGCCCAUGUGGUAACUCCUCUUGUCAUCUUGUCCUCUUUUAAUGAGAGGUGGAUACACCUGAAACUCAACUCUCACAACUGUCCUGUUUGAUCCCGACAGGUCCUUGAGCACAGUCACACAGAAUAACUCUGACCAUUUUCAACUAAGACCAUAUCCUGAAUGUCUAUCUGGGACCACUUUUGCACACUAAACCAAUCCAUACUCUCACCCUCACAUCUAUCUCCAACCACAGACCCACUUGUGAGCACCAAAUAUGACCUGCCCCCAGUGUGAUCAAAGCCUCUGUGAACACUCACAUCCAAGACCUCCCUCCAUGACUUCACUCUCUCUGGGAAAAAAUUGCACUGUUACCCUCUUCCUUGUGAUGUCUACAGUCAAUCUGUACUGAAUGGAAACAUUUGUGGCCUGAUGAAGGAUGAACCCUCAUGCAGUUCUGGUGGACAAUUUGACCCUCAUAUUGUUCUGCUGUACAAUUGACUCUCAUGAUAUCACAGGGGAGAAUAAGACCUCCCAGAAUCCUUCUGGAGAAUGGGCAUGCCCUGCCAGACAGCAUAGAGGCCUUGUGAUGCUGGCAGUAAAAAGAAUUUACCAACAAAGGAUAUAAUAAAGGAAUAUACUUAGAUCACUGGGUACAGUGGCAAAAAAUCAGUGGGUAGGUUUCCAAGAGAAUAUAUACAGUCAGGGUGAAAGAUUG